AUGGCGGCCAGGUCCAAACUCAGGGAAUACUUCCAUACGGAGUACCAGCCUGGAGAACGGAAACUGGUCCAGAAGAUAGAUUUCUUCAUAUUGACAUUCUGCUGCUUGAGCUACUUCACCAACUACCUUGACCGGUCAAAUCUCAGCAAUGCAUAUGUGUCUGGGAUGAAGGAGGACCUUGGCUUCGUUGGAGACCAGCUUAACCAGAUAAAUACCUGCUUCACUGUCGGAUAUGUCAUUGGGCAAAUUCCAGCAAACCUGUCCCUGCAUUAUGUGAAGCCACGGCUAUUCUUCCCCUCGAUGAUGGUGAUUUGGGCUUGCCUCACGAUGGUGACAGCCUCGGUCCAUCGUCCGGAGUCCAUCAUGGCAAUUCGAUUCUUCCAGGGUAUAGCAGAGGCCACGACGUUUGUUGGAACGCACUACAUCCUCGGCUCCUGGUACACCGAGCGUGAGCUUGGCAAGCGAAGCGGAAUCUUUACUGCGUCAGGCCUUGCCGGAACCAUGAUUGGAGGAUUCAUCCAAACCGGGAUCUACUCUUCGCUCCAUAACAAGCACGGUUUGACUGGUUGGCGCUGGCUGUUCAUCGUUGACGGUUUGAUCACUAUCCCGGUGGCGAUUUACGGCUACAUCUUUUUUCCCGACACGCCACAAACAACAACCGCCUUUUAUUUGACUGAUUCAGAGAAGACUCUGGCACUAGCUCGUGUGCCUAAGGUUGAAGAAAAGUCUCCCAUCACCUGGAGCUUUGCAAAGAAGGUGCUCACUUCAUGGUACUGGUGGGGAUUCGUAGUCCUCUGGAUCAUCGCGGGCGAAACCGAGUCUUUCAGUACCAACACUUUGCUGGCCUUAUACAUGAAGAGCCACCCGACGAACAAGUAUACCGUAACGCAACUGAACAACUAUCCCACGGGGGUUCCAGCGGUCGGCAUCAUCUCGACGAUUGUCUGGGCUACACUGACUGACUUCUUAAAUGGGAAACGUUAUUUGGUCGGGUACUUCAUCGGCGCUACGGGAGUCAUAACUUCUGCCAUGAUUCUCGCAGCCUCGAAGGACCCAACCAACCCAGCUUCCACUGCAACGGUAUUUGGUGCUUACUACUGGGCCGGCGCAGUCUACGCAUGCCAAGCCACCUUUUUCGCCUGGUGCAAUGAUGCCAUGAGAUACGAGGACCCUGUAUAUCGUGGGGUUGUUCUUGCUGGCAUGAAUGUCGGGUCCAACGCUGUGAACGCAUGGUGGUCGAUCAUCUUCUAUGGCGCAUCAAUGGCGCCAUGGUUUAACCGAGGCAUGUGGGCAAUGAUUGCUUGCUCCAUCGCCUUAGCGAUCUGGACGGGCGGGCUAUCAUAUCUAACGGGCAAAAAUGAGAAGAGGCGGAGAGCAGAGCAGGAUAACCUGGUACAGGAGGACGGGAAGGUCAUCUAUGAACAAGCAUAA